AUUAAUGUUUACUUGGUCGAGACAGAAACAAGCUAAUAAUCAUGGCGAAUAAAACACCGUCAAAAUCAGGCAUGCAUGGCGCUUACAGCAUAGAGAUAAGAGGUCCGUGAAGGGACAUUAUCAGCUCACGGCUAAAACUCCGGGGUUGGCAUUCUUUUGUUGCCUCUAGCUAAAGCAAUUCUAAAAUAAAUGACUCGCAUGAUAUAUAGCUAGAACGGUCAGAAUGUCUAAUGUGAAAAGGGACAGAGGUCUCACAUUAGUGGGAGAUGGAGCCAGGUGUUUGGCAGCAGCAGAGUGUUCAGGUGUAACUGUGCUGGUGACGGGACAUGACGAGCACCCGCAGAUGAAGGAUGAGGCGUGGAGGAUUUUGGGAAGAGGGGCACCCCACGACCUGGUCCCUCAAGACUACCCCCACUGAUUGAAAGGAGCUGCUUGGACAGAUUAUAUUCUUCAGUAAGAUGAUCUUGCCCAGGUUUGUCCUACUUUAUGCUGCUCAUAAACUCUCCUUUGGCUACAACAGCAGCAUGUCAAAUUGCCAUAAGUCUCCAGCGAUGGUUGCUGAUACAUUGAUGCUAGAGACACCAGAGUGCUUUAUAUGCAGGGAUGCCGAUCAUCAAAUCGAUGACCCACUGAGGAAUUUCUGUGAUUGCAAGAAUUUACUUGCCCAUCACAUGUGUCUAGCCACAUGGCUCCAGAGGGGAUGUGGGAGUGAAGACAGGCUGCGGUGCAUCAUCUGCAAAGCCAAGUACCAGCUCCAGAGGAGUUCUCCGUGGCGAUCGGUUAGCUUCCAGUGGCAGACAUGGCUGGUGCUGAUCACUGCGUUUGUUUUGCUGGGUCUGGUUCCUUAUGUUGUUCACUACAUGAUGACUGCCUUCACCAAUCCUCCCCCACCCAACACCUUUAAAGUGGCAGCAGCCUUGUUUGGCUUUCUGACAGAGAUCCUGCUGAUCAAAUGUCUGUCGUGCUACCUCAGCAGCCAGUACCGGCAGGCAGAGCAGAGCUCCUUCACAGUCCGGGCCAGAGGCUUUGAGGAGGACAGAAUAAGCCGGGGAUGCUGGGAUUGGUCUGGGGCCACUUCAGCUGCGCCCUCACCCAGUCAAACGGAUGUGUUAAAGAGUGGAUGUCUCAGCUUGUUCUAAACCUGUAACAGAGAGUUUACAGAUUAUGAGGUGAGAGUAAACCCUAUUGGCAUUAGAUGUGUCUAACAGCCAUUUAAGAUAUCACAGUUUCAGUUUAUCAGCAGGGCAUUUAAGAGAUCUUACCAAACCUAUUUUUGAGGUGUCAAAUAUUCAUGUUUUUCUCCAUGUCAAACCCUUACACUCUCACUUUAUUCAGUGAAUAUAUUUUCACAUGUUGCAAAUUGAUGAUAGAGAAGAGAAUGCACGCAACUUCCCUGAGUGUGUUCAGGCUCAGAGACAAAUAAAGCCUGAAAUCACUCUCUUUCCUUAAUGAUGCCCACACAGAGACAAUGGGGCGCCGCUCUGAUUAGUGUCACCUGUCCUUGUGCAUCUCAUCAGCUCCAUUAUGGCUCCAUCUCCCAUGCUUCUUCUGCUAAUUGAAUAGCAUGUGAAGUGGUGAUGAGGACGGGGGUGAGAGCUACAUCUGUCCCGCUGCUGCUUCAGAAAUGAGAGUAAAGCUUCCCAGUGCGACAUUGAUUCUUAAAACAUAAACCAUAACCCGCAAGUAGCCCUUCUGUUAUAUUACCAUCAUGUCGACUGCAGAUUAUCUUCAUAUAUAAUAGCUAAAAAUUAGGAUCUGCUUAUUUUGUGGUGCUGCAUUGCACAUUUCUUUAGUGAGAGAAUGUUCAUACUAGACGUAGCUGCACAUGGCGGCUAGUAUGAGAAAUGGUAUAGCUAAAUUGGGAACCAGGACACUUGGUUCAAGGUUCCUUUGUUUAUUUAUUUAUUUUAUUUUUUUACUAUCAAUGAAGCCCAUGAAAAGAACGAAACCAACAGUGCACUAUUCUGUCUGUCAGUGUUUUCUGACUUCUCUUCCAAAGCUCAUUGGUUCCACUGAGAACAACAUUACUCAGACAUGAAUAAGUUGCUGUUUUUUCUUUGGGGACUAUUUUCAGCCACAGAUUAAUAAUUGGUACGUUAGUAAGCAUUUUUGGCAGCAGAAUAUUGUAUGUGGGAUUGAGUCAAACUAAAAUACAAUGUCUGUUCAUGCUAAUGAAGGAAGAUGUCACACAGUGCAACAGUGUGUGUAUCUGCUGUGUUUUUAAUAGUUUCUGGACAACAGCAGUGCUCUACGGCACAGAGGAGAAGACAUACCAGGCUUUGGGUACACAGAAAAUACUUGUCAGUAAUUCUGUUCACAAUAAGAAAAGUAUAGAAUCACCAUAAGUCUGUGGAGAUUCCCAGUCCUCCAGGCCACGGUAGCUCCAAAAGUUGGCAACUGGACUUGCUUGAAGUUCUUGGAGAUGUUUCACCUCUCAUCCAAGAAGCUUCUUCAGAGAACUGGGAGAGAACUGAAGAAGCAUCUCGAAUGACAUGUGCAUCAUCUUCAAGAACCUCAAGCAAGUCCUGCUGCCAACUUUAGCACUUUUUUAGAUAUAGAGUCAUCAGUCUUAUAAACAUGCUUUUCAGGAAAUUCAUUUUUUAUCAUUCCUGUUGGUUACAUUUACUCAAGAUGCUAAUGGAAGAUAUGUCACUGGGAAAAUUAUGCAUUAUAAACGAGUCCAUGGGACUUCAGCAACACAGGCGAUCAAACCACAUUAUCUACAUCAUCAUUCAGUCCACUUUUGGUGUAGUAGUCAGGUUCACUAGUAUGAGUCAAGCCUCGAAUAUAUUAGAUCCUACAUUUCCCAUAAUGCAGCCACUAGCAUCUUUUUGUUAAGACACACUAUGCUCAGUACAUGUUCAUAUCACCCAGGUUAUAAUGCAACCUUUCUGUCAUAAAACUCAAGCCAAGAUAACACUGAUGGCAUCUUCUAAAUGAUCCUGAUGACAUCAUCAGGGUUUUUUCUCGGACUGGAUGUAGCCACAAAAGACAUACAACUUUUUAACAGGAUCUCCACCUUAAUGCAUAAUGUUGCCUAUGAAUGUACUGUAAAUAAAUACUGCUUUAUGAAUGUGUUCUGCAGGACACUGUUGUAUAUGCUCAGAUGUUUUUAGAUUGCAUGUGGAAUCAAUAAAAACUGAAGCAGGCCUC